GUGCGAAAUAGAUUAGAGAACUAUCCCAAUCCAAGUUUAUUGUCAUUUGAAUAAUUUUUCAAAGUUCCACCGAAAACAACGUGAUGAUGACUUUGGCGUCACAUACAACGUGCGGCGGUUCUAUCGGCCAUCAGUUGGCCAUUUCUAUUGUGCUGCUGUCAAUUGUGCUUCUGUCACCGGGACAUGCAUUGCCACGCCCCACAGUGGGCGCACUGCCAACGCAAUUGCUGUACAACGAGCUGCUCGGCUCUGUGCCGGGUAAUGAGGACAACCUUUACUAUGGCGAGCAAUUGAAACAACACCAGCAGCAACAACAACAAAAACAAUUGUCGUCAUUCAACAACUUUGUCAACAAAUUUCCCUCGUUGCGUGAUCUGGUCCUAACUGCGGACUAUGACGACAAUGCUGUGCUGCCCAAUCUGGAGGAUAGCAAUGAGCGUGAGCGUUCCCAGCUGGGAUCCCACCUCUUGGCACGUCUGCACAGGCUGAGCGAGAAUGGAGAUGGAGACGAGCAGCGCUACAAUAUGAUCGAUGAUAUGGCUGCCAUGCCCACCAAGAAGCAAAGCGAGGGUCUCAGACUAGGCUCAAAUUCCCAUCAGCACAACAUCAAGAAAAAUGUGCAAUUUCGUAGACAAUACAUGUCACCUUGCCACUUUAAGAUCUGCAACAUGGGGCGCAAACGCAAUGCCGGAUCCUUUGUUUCCUACUAAACAGUUCCCAAAGACAUCUAUAUAUACAGCCAAUGCCCAAAAGUAAAAUAUAUGCAUAUUUUCAAGACAAAGAAAUGCUGCAAUUCCAAAAUAAUUGUUAAUUAUAUGCAAUCCAAGUAUUGUUUAUUGUUUAAAUAGAAAUGUACCAAAGAGUUCGCAAGAACUCAAAUAAUACUAUACUAUAUGUUAAUAAUGUACUUACCUAUAUAUAUCCCAUACGAUAUAUUUGUACCUAUCUCGCGUUUGUUCUUGUACAGCAAAAAUACAUACAUAUAAAUACAACCACAUACACAGACAUAUAUACACCACAUAAAUAUACAUUCACUUAUAAUAUAUACGAAAAAGUAUUUCCUGUUAAUGUUAAAUUGUAGCUGUACAAUUAUUAUAAUCUAUUAUAUGCAUUAUUCUUCUUGUAUUUAGUUAUAAAUGGCGUUUGUUAUUUCU